UGCAUAAUGUUCCCCUUUUUUCUAUGAUUUCCAUCUGUUUUCCCUCCUCCCCACCACCUUCUAAAAAUUAAUUCUCAAGGAAAUCCAAAGUUACAAAGUACGCGUUUAUUUCCAUUUAUACAUCCAGAUCGGAAAACAGAAUCCUGCAAUUUAAAGAAACAACCAAAUUCGAUUCAAUUUAGGAACCUUCAAGAAUUCUGUGAGAAUACAUCGUUUGGGAUUACAAAUGGAUGACGCUGGGUCUGAAUCUCAUCAUUCGGAGAAGGAGUUCUUCAUCCCUAAUUACAUACUUCUAUCGGAUGCCGCGGUUGAGUGUACUUCUUUUGUUCCAGAAUGCCCUGUUCUCGUGUUCAUUAACUCCAAAAGUGGUGGUCAACUUGGUGGGAAUCUUUUGAUAACAUAUCGUGGUCUACUCAAUAAAAAUCAGGUAUUUGAUUUGGGGAAAGAGGCUCCUGAUAAAGUGCUAAGCAGGAUUUACAUCAAUCUAGAGAGGCUUAAGCUCAGUGGAGACGAAUUUGCUACUGAAAUUCAGAAGAGAUUGCGGAUAAUAGUUGCAGGUGGGGAUGGCACAGCGAGUUGGCUUCUUGGAGUAAUUUCUGAUCUCAAAUUAUCUCAUCCACCUCCAGUUGCUACUGUACCCUUAGGAACAGGAAACAAUCUCCCAUUUUCAUUCGGCUGGGGGAAGAAGAAUCCAGGUACAGACCCCCAAUCUGUGAGGUUGUUCAUGAAUAAAGUCAAAAAAGCAAAAGAGAUGAAAAUAGACAGUUGGCAUAUUAUCAUGAGGAUGAGAGUCCCCGAAGAAGGAGCCUGUGAUCCAAUUGCACCAGUUCCGGAGUUGGAUUUACCUCAUUCUAUGCACGCAUUUCACCGUGUCUCCCGAACAGACUCUCUAAACAAGGAAGGUUGUCAUACAUUUCGUGGGGGAUUUUGGAACUACUUUAGCAUGGGGAUGGAUGCUCAAGUAUCAUAUGCAUUUCAUACAGAGCGGAAAUUGCAUCCAGAAAAAUUCAAGAACCAGUUAGUGAACCAGGGUACUUACGCAAAGCUUGUUAGUACGCAAGGUUGGUUUCUGGCUUCUCUUAUGCAUCCUUCUUCCCGGAACAUCGCGCAGCUCGCAAAGGUUAAGGUCAUGAAAAGGCCAGGUCAUUGGGAAGAUCUCGAAGUACCUAGCAGUAUCAGGUCAAUAAUCUGUCUCAACUUGCCUAGCUUUUCUGGUGGUCUAAAUCCUUGGGGUACACCAAAUCAGAAGAAAUCACGAGAUAGAGAUUUGACUGCACCCUAUGUGGAUGAUGGUCUUAUUGAGGUUGUGGGUUUCAGAGAUGCUUGGCAUGGGCUUGUAUUGCUGGCUCCAAAAGGACAUGGGACUCGUCUCGCUCAGGCACACCGAAUCCGAUUCGAGUUUCACAAAGGUGCAGCUGACAGCACUUACAUGAGAAUUGAUGGGGAACCAUGGAAACAGCCCCUCCCGGUCGAUGAUGACACUGUCGUGGUUGAAAUCUCUCACCUAGGUCAAGUAAACAUGCUUGCAGCCCCAGGUUGCAUAUCUAAAAGUGUCUAUGAUCCAUCUUCUCCUAGUCAUCGUCAACAAGAUGAUGAUAGCUCUGGUGAACUAGACGAGGAAGAAUCAGAAGAAAGGAGGAAGUUUGGGGCAGCAGAUACAUUUAAACUCCCUGCAGACGUUGACAUUAGUCAGCUGAGUUAAUCUGGUGCACUGAAUGCCUUUUCUAACAGCUUUAUUGCUUGUUCAUCCUUCAUAUUUUGUUGUGGUUGAAUGCCCUUUCUAACAGCUUUGUUGCUUGUUCAUCCUUCAUAUUUUGUUGUGGUUCUCAUUCUUACCGGUACCUGUUAGGAUGUAAAUAUGGUGGUGAUUGUCCAGGGCAACACAUUGUAGUUCUUUUGGGAUAUGGAUUAUUUUGGAAAUCUAUAAUUUCAAUUCCAAUUAUCAGAACUACAUAUUCAAUUGCACA